CUCUCUCUCUCUCUCUCUCUCUUCCCCCUUCUCCACCGUCUCUCUCUCUCUCUCUCUCUGCCUCUCUUUUCUCCUCUCCAAGCAAACCCACCCUCACUUUACUGAUGCAAAGCUAAAAUACUAGAGUCCAGACCCAGAAAGAGAGAUACAGAGAGUGUGAGUGUGAGCGAUAGAGAGACACAGUUUAAUUUGUUGUUCUAUUUGAGAGCCAUGGAUUCCCACAUCUAUGGUGUCUCCAAGCUCGUAUUUUUCUCCUCCUUCACCCUCUUCCUUCUUUCAAUUUCGGCAACCCAUGCCGCAUUGCCUCAAAUCCCAGUCUCUAAAUCCUCUUCUGGUAGCUCGGGCCAGAUAAAUUCCAACUCGGUCCUUGUGGCCCUCCUGGAUUCGCAUUACACCGAGCUCGCUGAACUCGUGGAGAAAGCCCUUCUUUUACAGACUCUCGAGGAAGCCGUGGGUAAAUAUAACAUCACCAUCUUUGCGCCGCGAAAUGAAGCUCUCGAGCGAGGACUCGACCCCGAAUUCAAGCGCUUCUUGCUUGAACCCGGGAACCUCAAGUCCCUCCAGACCCUCUUGAUGUUCCACAUUAUUCCCAGACGAAUCGGUUCCGACGAGUGGCCCCGCGAGUCUUCAGGUACGGUUCGGCACCCUAACCUCUGUAACGAUCAUGUACAUUUGAGUAGCCACGCUUCCGGCAAGAGAAUCAUCGACACCGCCGAGAUUGUUCGACCGGACGACGUCGUCCGCCCCGACGGCGUGAUCCACGGGAUCGAACAGCUGCUGAUUCCCCGAUCCGUGCAGGAGGACUUCAACCGGAGAAGGAAUCUGCGGUCGAUUUCCGCGGUCUUACCGGAGGGCGCACCAGAGGUGGACCCCAGGACCCACAGGUUGAAGAAACCAGUAGCACCGGUUCCGGCUGGAUCCCCACCGGUACUGCCUAUUUACGACGCACUGGCACCGGGCCCAUCCCUGGCUCCGGCCCCGGCGCCCGGACCCGGAGGACCCCAUGGUCACUUCAAUGGUAUGCGCCAGGUCAAGGACUUCAUCCACACCCUUUUGCAUUACGGUGGUUACAACGAGAUGGCAGAUAUUUUGGUUAAUCUAACUUCCCUAGCCACUGAAAUGGGAAGGUUGGUCUCCGAAGGAUACGUUUUGACCGUCUUGGCUCCUAACGACGAGGCCAUGGCGAAGCUGACGACGGACCAAUUGAGCGAGCCCGGUGCACCGGAGCAGAUAAUAUACUACCAUAUCAUACCCGAGUAUCAGACCGAGGAGAGUAUGUACAAUGCGGUGAGAAGGUUUGGAAAGGUCCGUUACGAUACUCUGAGGUUGCCGCACAAGGUUGUGGCUCAGGAGGCUGAUGGAUCCGUGAAAUUCGGGCAGGGAGAUGGAUCGGCAUAUCUGUUCGACCCCGAUAUUUACACGGACGGGAGAAUUUCUGUACAAGGGAUUGAUGGGGUUUUGUUCCCAGCGGAGGAGGAGGAGGAGGUAAAGACAGAGAAGAAAACAGCUCCAGUUGUCAAGGUCGUCACCAAGCCUAGAAGAGGGAAAUUGCUGGAAGUGGCAUGUAGAAUGCUUGGAGCUUUCGGUCAGAAUUCUCAUUUAUCUACAUGUCAAUGAAAAUGCACAAAACCUGUAAACACUUGAUAAAUGUUGUAGGAUGAAUUCCAUCUAAUACAAUGGAUGCAUAGUUAAUUGGAGGGAGCGUUUACGUUGCAGAAGAGAAAGGUCUCUGUUUUUUGGCUAUAAAUACCAUAAUCACGAUUUUUUUUCCCUCUUUGAUCCGCAGUCUCUGUAUAAUGCAUAAAACAACCUCCCAAGAUGUUGGAAUUUCAUGACUAAGCUGUGUUUUUUUAUUUUGGCCUGUUUGUGAAUCCAUUGCUCGUAAAUCACACUGAAACGUAAAUAUUCUUUACUGUCAUAUUAAGAUUGUGUAUGAAAUUGGACUAUCGUAUUGGUUUGGGA